AACAAAUUGUCAUUAGAAAGUAUUUUCUCAAAAUGCUUAUCAAAAGUGAAUUAUCUGGAUGUAAAAUUGAAUUAAUCGAAUGCUUCGGUGAACAUCAAUCACAAUUAUUUUAUAAUCGAUUAAGAAUACACAAUCCAUGCUGGAAUAACUAUGGUAAAUCACAAUUCGAUGUGAAAUUAGGCUGUACAAUACCAUUAGAUUUAAGUCAUGACAAUAAAAUACCAAUUCUAUGUACACCGAUACAUUUCUUUCAACGUUUACAUGAUAAACAACAAGGUCAACAACAAAAUCGUAAUUCAACUAGUGGAUAUACUAUUCAUCAAUCAAAACAUCAUGGCAAUGAUAGUAAUCAUUUGAAAUCAACUUCAAAUCAUACUAAUUCUAAUGUUGCGGUUCAUUGUAAUAAUAAAAAGACCAUUGGAUUAACCAGUAAAUCUAUGAACGAGAUGUCAAAUUCAUUAGUAAAUGCAAACAAUACAAAUGAAGGUGUAUCCAAUGAUAAUUUCACAAUAAAUGAUGCUUUAGCUACAAUACGUGUUUAUUUUCCGGUGAAAUUAAUGCAAUCAGCAAAUGAAUUGAAAAUUAGUUCAGAUCUUAAAAAACGAUUUCAUCUUUCACCACAUUUACAUGAAUUCGUUGCAUAUCCUGAAUUGUUAACCCUAUCGGUUGAUCAAUUGAGUACAUGUAUUUUGAAAGGUUUAUCAAUGGUCCAUUUAUUAAUUCAGUAUACUUUAUCCGUACCAAAAGAAUUGUACACGACAGAAAAAGAUCAAGUAACAUUGCAUGAACCUGUAGACAACACUAACAACAAGGAUGAUAACAUGAAUGAUAUUGAUAAUACAAUUUCAAAUGUCAAUGAAAAUAAUGAAUCAUUAUUAUCACAAGAGAAUCGUUUUAUACUUGUCAAUCGUGGUAUUUACAAUCGACUCAAUGCAUUAAUUAAAAUACAAAAUACAGAAAAAAUGAUUAUCAUGCCAAAACGUAUCCAAUGGUCAUUAGGUUUAAUUCAUAAUCGUAAACAUUUCACAUUCAAUCAGAAAUUUCUUGAUUGUAAUAACUUCAUAAAUUCAUCAUUGUCACAAUCAAUUUGUUCAUUUGAUAAAGAUUUAUCGGUUUAUAGUAAUGAGAAUAUUUCUAAUCAUUCUAAUCAAAACAAUAUUGAUUAUGAUGACAAAAUCAAUCAUGGUUGUAACAAUUAUUAUUGUAAUGGUUAUUUAAGAGAUUGGGUUGGAUUGUCAAUGAACGAUCAUGUUAGCAAUUGUAACUCUAAUCAUCAACAUCAUGAUCAUCUGAGCUGUUCAACAAAGAAUCAGGGAUUAAACAACACAUCAUCGUCGCUGUCGCCGUCGUCGUCGACAUCAUUGUCAACAAUGUCAUCUUUUAUAAAUGAUAAUCAUGAUCAUAGUAAUAUUCGAAUUGCUUUUGUUCGUCGUGAAUCAUCUGAAUGCGGUAAUGCAAUAGCUUCAUGUUUUCUUCAAAAUAAAUAUUCACCUGCUAAAUUGCGUAGAUCACGACUUCGUGGAACGGACAGCUUAGUUAUUAAAUUCAAAAGGAAUAAUCUUUCAAGAGAUUAUUAUCCUAGUGAAUCAGUGCCUAAUUCAAUUGUGCAAUAUAAUGAACAGUCAAAUUGUGAUAAAUUUUUUAGUCAGAAUACUACUUUUUCGACUACCGGUACUACUACUACUACUAACACCAGUAAUAGUAAUAGUAGUACUGAAAAACGUAUGCGCUGUGAUCAAAAUAAAAUUUUAUGUAUUUUAACUUCACCUCUUAAUUAUUCAUCAAAUUAUUACUCAAGGAAUACACAUUAUGACAAUCAUCAUCUUCCUCUUCCUCCUCCUCUUUCUCAUCAACAUCACAAUCAUCAUCAACAUCAUAGCCGUCUUUUAUCACCAACUACACUGACCACAUCAUCUAUUGCAUCUCGUGUGAAAUGGGGAGCUAAUUUAACAUUAUUAUCUAAUUCUUUUACAAAUUGCCAUGAUGUCAAUGAUGAUAACAAGACAAAUUAUCCUAUCAAUCCACAGUAUAGUUCUGAGAUGAAUACAAAAGAAUUAAAUCAAUUCACUAAUGGAUUGAAUGCUCAUACAAAAUCUUUAUCACCAUUAUUAUCAUCUUCAUCAUCAUUGUCAACAUCAACAUCAACAUUGAUGCUUAAAACUUGUCAUCAUGAUUUAGAUAGAAUAAUUCUACAACCCAGACCUAGAAUACCACCGAAACGUUUAGAUUUAGCUAAUCAAGAUUUAGAAUUAGCUUUGAAAAGAAGUCUUAGUGAUUGUUCAAUGCAAUCAUCGAAUAAAAACUAUUAUAACAGUUCCAUCAAGAAAUCUCUGGCCUAUUCAGUACGAUUAAAUAACCAACAUACUGGGAAUAGAGAUUCAACUAAUAAAAAUCUUGUACGUAGGACAAAAACAGUGCUACGCACAAAAAGAAAACGUCACAAAACAUUUACCAAUUCACGUCGUCAGAAAUCCAAAGCUGAGAAUAUAAAAAGUCAAAAACCUAAAUUGCAUGAAAAUUCUCCCAUUACUAAUUUACCAGAAAAUAAUUUAACUUCAGCUCAUUCAAAUAAUGAUUCAGAUAAUUUAGUAAUGAAUGAAUCAAAUGAAACUAGUGAUCGAUUGAUCAAUGAACAACUAUCACGUCUUCCAUUACCAAAAUUAACUUUAGCUAAAAAUAGUGUUGGUGAAUUUAAUGUUGUUGAAAAUCGUGAAGAGAAUAUUGGAAAGCUCUCGGAAAUAUGUGAUCAUAAACCUACUAUUGAUAAUAGAAUAGUUACUAGUGUGACUAAUAGUAAUAUAGAUAAUUCAAUUAUAAAUAACUGUCAAACAAUAACUAGUCCAUCAACGUCAUCAUCAAUAUCAUCAGUAUCACCAUCAGUAUCAACAGUGUCAUCUAAAGUCACAUCGAAAUCUUCAAAACGUAAAUCUGACAAUAAACAACGCGUGAAUUGUCUGACUAAUGAUAGAAUUUCUCAAAUCAAGUCAGAAAUUUCACAAAACUCAAAUGGUGCGUGUAAUAUUGAUCAAUUGAAUCAUGGAGUUCGAAAAGAUAUUGGCUUAGUCAAUCAUCGUGAACAGAUGAUCAUGCCAACUAGUACUGUAGGAUCUUUGAAAACUGACGAACAGUAUUCUACAUUUACAACGAAUUAUGAAUAUAAACCUGUGAUGAAUUGUAUUGUACCGAAUAAGCCGACUGGGAAUUCAGCAAACUCAUCGUCCCUGUCAUCUCAGCAAGUACAAGUACAGUGUGAAAAUUCGAAAUCAACUAGUUUGACCAAUACUUCCACUGCUAUAGAAUUUGCUCAAUCUAUAGUACAUAAUAUAUCAGGGAAUCCUUCAUUUCACACAACAACAACACCAACUACAACUAAUAUUUUCUGUGGUCAUUCCACAAAUUCCCCUAGUCAACAUCCAAAUAUUUCAUACUUAUCUCCAAUUCAACCUGUUACUAUGUGGAGUCGUUUAUCCAAUCCAUUACCUGCCCCAGAUCCUCCAACGGAAUUAUUUAAUACUAAACGUGUUCCAUCACAAUAUCCUCCUCAUCUUUCUAGUAAUAUGAAUCAUAAAGUUCAGCAAUAUCCAAUGAUUGGAUCGGUUAAUUCUAUGUGUAGCAAUCAAGGAAUUCCACAUACACUAAUCACAAAUCGUCCGCCUUAUCAUGCAGCAUCGAAUACCACUACUAUUCCCAUUAAUUCAACUGUUCAUCUGCCUAAUGAUGCCUACCUAAAACAAAAUACAAAUACUAAUGUUGCUGGUUUAACUACAAAUCCUGUACAAUAUUCACCCUUUUGUAAUCCUAAUUCUUUAAAUGAUUUGAAUUCCAAACAACUUUUGCAACAUUUAAAUAAAAUGCAAUUAAAUAGUCAACUUUAUUCAAAUUUACCUACUGCAAUGCAUCUGUCUUUACCUUCAGCACCACUCCCAAAUACUCAAUUCUCGCAAAUAUCGUCGUCAUCAUCUUCUUCUUGCUCUUCUUCAUCAUCACCGUCCGUCUUCAGUAGUGCGAAUCCAAUUCGACACUGGCCAUGUACAAAUAAUCAAUUUUUAAACUUUCCAUCCAAUUCAAACAUUACAAAAUUACCCGGCAAUAUCCCUGUAGGUUAUGAGACUACAUCGUUAGUGAUACCUUCUGGCAAUUCUAUAGUAAAUAAUUCAAACAUUAGUAAUCAUAGUCACAAUGGUUUCUUAUCAUCAUAUCCUUUUUUACUAUCUAAUCCAACAUUUGCAAAUAUGAACUUAUGCAAUUCAACACCUUUACUAGGUGCAUGUCCAUCAUCUCUGCAAUCGAUGCUUGGCGCAUCAUACCUACUUGGUGCACAAAACUAUAAUAAUCAUAAUAAUAAUCAUAAUCAUAAUAAUCAUAGCACUCUUCAAAAUUGUCAUUGGCUUCCUUGAUGUUUUUAUUGAUAAACUGUAACUAAAAUGUAUCAUAAUUCAAUAAUUAGGUAGUUACAUAUUAUAGUCUUUACAGUCUUUAUGUGCGCGUGUGCGUGCCUACUAGCCUGUUUCUUUUUUUUUUGUAUAUUUACGUGAUUCACUCUAUUGUAAAUACUUUUAUUAUGCAUGUCAACAACAGAGAACUUUUUUUUUCUUCUUCCUUAAACACAAACAAGACCAUACAAAGAUUUGCAAGGUCCAUAGUGUAACAUUUACAAAAGGGUUGAGAAGUACAAUGUAUAUGGAUGACAGAAAUGCAUCUUUGUUCAAUUUCUGUAUUUUGUAUGUAAAUGUGUAUUUUACCUGGUGUUAUAUUUUCACUCUGGUUUAUUAAUUUACCAUGACAAUCUCUUCCUCUUUCUCUCUCUCUCGCUCUCGCUCUCAAUAAUAUAUAUAUGCAUUGAUUUAGCUGUGUUUACAUAGAGACGGAUAGUUAUUGAAAUACUAUUGAAUUUGUUAAUUUUCCAUUGUUGGGUUGUGUUACGUUUCGUUGCGUUGUGUUGUGCAUAUAUUCAUCAGCUGAACAGGUUGGAAAUAAAAUUAUUUGCCUGA